AAAAGAAUUACAUUCACAGCGUUAAAUCAUCGCAGGGAACCAAAAUAGAGCUCCAGUCUGGUUUUCGCUGAAGGCUUCGAGCUGUGGAGACAGUCAACCACUCUCUGUAUCGCCAGCUAUGAUUCAGUUUGUGCUUCUGAUAAGUAGGCAAGGCAAAGUUAGGUUGACGAAAUGGUACUCGCCGUAUACCCAAAAGGAAAGAACUAAGGUGCUUCGUGAGCUCAGUGGAGUGAUCCUUGCGCGGGGUCCCAAGCUCUGCAAUUUUGUGGAGUGGAGGGAAUACAAAGUUGUUUAUAAAAGAUAUGCGAGUCUGUACUUCUGUAUGUGUAUUGAUCAAGAUGAUAAUGAGCUAGAGGUCCUUGAGAUCAUUCAUCAUUUUGUCGAAAUUCUUGACCGAUACUUUGGCAGUGUGUGUGAAUUGGAUUUGAUAUUUAACUUCCACAAGGCCUACUAUAUACUAGAUGAACUUUUGAUUGCUGGUGAACUUCAAGAGUCUAGCAAGAAAACAAUUGCACGGUUGAUAGCAUCACAGGAUUCUCUGGUGGAGACUGCAAAGGAGCAGGCUAGUUCAUUAAGUAAUAUGAUUGCGCAGGCCACCAAGUAAUGAGGAUUAAAUUCAUACAGUUACCUGUUGUAUUAUUAACUCAAAUUGAAGAGGUUCUGUAUUAAUAUGGUUGUUAUCUUGCAUUUCCUUU